AUGACGGUAAACUAUUUCACCUGUACGUUAGGUCAGGCUGUUAGCCACCACCAGCAGCAGGACAAGUCCUAUGGAACGGUUGCCGGGUUUCUCGAUUUCAAGGCACGAACUGCUCCGGACGUCCCCGUCCUCGGCUUGUAUGAAGUCACGCAAAGACCCUCACAGCUAUGGGAACCGCAUAUAUUGACUUUUCAGGACGUUCAGAGAGGCGUUGGCCUUGUUGCCGGAGCAUUGCGCAACGCAUUUGAUAUAGAGCAGCGACAGACGGUAGCGCUUCUUUGCCCAAGCUCUGCGAGUCUCCUAUUUACGUGGCUUGGUCUGGUUUGGUUGGGCCACCCGGUCCUUCUUGUGGCGCCUCAAUGCUCUGCCUCUGCAGUUGCCCAACUGUGCAAAUCCUGCGAAGUCGAGUCGAUGCUCUACGAGGGAGCUUACCGGGAUCUUGCGGCAGAAGCUUCAAAGGAGGCAUCACGAUUUGGGAACGCGUGCCUCACAACGCAACCUGUGCCCUUUGCUGGAGAAAAUAUCCUCGAAGUGAUCAAGCGGACGCCUGGUGGUUCUUUUACACCAUCACUAGUAGAUACCCGAGAGUCAGGUGUGGCAUAUCUUCAUCACACCUCGGGCACAUCGAGUGGUACUCCGAAACCCAUUCCUCAAACGCACAGGGCGAUCAGGGUCCUUCCGAUCCUCAACGGCGCAGGGCGCGCAACUUUCACAACAACACCGCUCUACCACGACGGUGUUGCUGAUUUAUUCCGUGCUUGGAAGAGCAACGCCUUGAUAUGGCUGUUUCCUGGAAAAGACCUUCCGAUCACCGCUACAAAUGUUGGCAUGUGUCUUGAAGUUGCUGCAGCCUCCCCUUCUAGUGGAACGCACCCGGAGGUAAGAUAUUUCUCCUCGGUCCCGUACGUCCUACAGAUGGUGCCGGAUGACGAGGAUGGCCGGAGGCAUCUUCAAAGAAUGGACAUCGUCGGCGUUGGAGGCGCAGCUUUACCUGCUGAAGUCGGAGACAGCCUCGUCAAGGAUAAGGUGAAUCUGGUAUCACGAUUCGGCAGUGCUGAAUGUGGAUUUCUCAUGUCCUCUCAUCGGGACUAUGCAAACGACAAGGAAUGGCAGUAUUUCAGAGCCGCAUCUGGCAGAGAGUUUCUCCAGUUCGAGCCCAGAGAUGACGGUCUGUCAGAACUCAUCAUUCAAUCGGGGUGGCCGCAUAUGGCCAAACGAAACCGACAAGACGGCUCCUUCGCCACAGCCGACCUCUUCGCGCCGCACUCGACUACCCUCAACGCAUGGCGGUACCGCUCGCGAGCCGACUCGCAACUGAUGCUCAUCACGGGCAAGAAAUUUGACCCGGCUCUCUUAGAAGAUGCCAUUCGGGCAUCAGUCUCACCCUAUCCUGGAGCGUUGCUGUUCCCUCUCGACGCGAUCCAGAUGAGCGAUGAAGAUCUCCUCCGUCAUGUUGCGCCUGUGGUCUAUGACUUGAACCGCAAGGGCCAGAGCCACGCGCGGAUAUCGAAAAACAUGCUCAUCCCCAUGGGCCAUCCCGAUAGGGGGCUUGAGAAGGGCAGCAAAGACACGAUCCUGAGGAACAAGGCCGAAGAAAGGUUUGCCGAGAAAAUUGCCGCUGCAUAUGAACACGUUCAUCCGGACGGGAUCGCUUCUUCUUCCCCAAAUGUCCCCGACGAUGAAGUACCUGCAAGGAUCCGCGAUAUUAUCCAAACGGUCGUUGGCGAAUGCCAGAAAGACCUCGACAACGAUCCUGAGGCCUUGACAGAACAUACGGAACUAUUAGCAUAUGGAGUUGACUCCGUCGCGUGCAUCCAAAUCCGGCAUGCACUGUCUCGACUUCUGCCUAGAGGUUCAGCCUUACCGCUGACCGUGGUCCAAGACACAGGAACCGUUGCAGGACUGACCGACUUUGUUCUACAUAAGCUAUUGGGGCAAACGGGUCCUGAAACGAGGGGAAGCGAGCGAGAUGAACGCGAGCAACAUCGGCUCAUGCUCGAUUGGUCGACCAGUACAGCGUCUUCGACGAACCGCGAUCCCCCCCGUCCUCCUCACGGGCCCGACAGGCUCUCUAGGCGCACACAUCCUGCACCAACUCCUAUCCAGCCCCUACAUCUCGAAGAUCCACCUCCUCGUCCGCGGCGCCACACGCACACCUCGCGCGAACGUGUCUUGAAAGCUCUCACUUCGCGUGGUCUUCCUGCCCCGCUGUGCUUCGAUUCCAAAACACAAAUUCACAGCUGCAGACUUUCGGACACCAAGCUCGGUUUGUCCGAAAAGGCAUGUGAGCAGUUGGCAGAGGAGGUGGAUGUGAUAAUCCAUCUAGCCUGGAGCGUGAACUUCGUCUUACCCCUGCGAGCUUUUGCGACGACCCACCUCGCCGGCGCAAGAAAUCUGAUUAACCUCGCUCUCGCCUCGUCAAAAGGGAAAGCGGCGCCGAGAUUCAUAUUCUGCUCGAGCGUGGCGGCCGUCUCAACGUACUCUUCGAGGUCUCCUCCAGCAACAAUACCCGAAAGAGUCCUCUCCGAUCCGGCUGUCGCCGGCUCGACGGGCUACGCUCGUUCGAAAUGGGUCGGCGAACAGAUCUGCCAACGUGCCGCUCAGCAAAUACCACAGCUGAGGAACCGCAUCUCCGUCGCUCGGGUAGGACAGUUGUCCGGGGCAAGUGACACGGGAGUGUGGAGUCGCAGCGAAGCAUACCCCCUGAUGCUGAAUAGCCUCAGGGUGACGGGGUGUUUGCCAGAUCUGGACGGCGCGAAGAGGGACAGAGACGAGAAGGGAGGGGAGAUACUGGAUUGGUUACCGGUUGAUGUCGCUGCGAAGGUGUUUGUGCAGGAUAUCGCCCAUCAGAAUGCCCCCCCAACAUCGCUUCAAGCACAACCAAGCGCCAAGGACGUCAUGACGGACGCAGAGAGAGAGGUUGCGCGAGCCGAAGACGGACUCACGGUCCAUGAUAUCCUCAACCCAUGCACCAGGACCACCUGGUCCGACCUGCUAGCCUGGCUCUUGCGGGAGCAAGCCUUCGAAACCGUCCCCGCCGCCGAAUGGAUCUCGCGCCUCUCAUCCUUACAGGAGAGCAACGACGUGGAAAAGCACAACCAUCCCGCCCCGAGGCUGCUGGGAUUCUGGGACAAGGUGUUUGGUGCCUCGAGACCGACAUUGAGAGCUGCGGAGGGAGGAGCAGCAAAGCCCUGGGUUCCAAGACCAGAAGCAAAAGAGGCAAAAGGUGAAGAAGAAGUCCGACGACCCACAGCAUCGCGGUACGAAAUGGCAAAGACGUACGAGCGUAUGCCCCUGCUGAGGGACUUGGAAAGGGUGGUGAACGCGGAGGAGAACAUCCCUUACUCCCUGGUGAGCAUGGAGGCUUGA